AUGGAGAUUCAGCAUUUAACGUCACGAUUGAAAGACAUCUUAAUAGAUCCAGAGAAUGCCAACAUGGAAACAUUUCCAAUCGAGACCACGUAUACCUGCAAAAUUCCAGCCACAAACGAGAACCCCCUCUGCCUCCAAUGCCAGACCCUCUACACACAACUCGAGCCGUAUAUCGAAGACAAGACCAUUCCUCAAGCCAACCCUCCACAUCGAAGAGGCAGCAUCAAGCUUACGAAACUCAAAGGUACCAUUCAUCCCGACGAGCUUAACCAAACCUCAUACCCAUUCACCUGGUACAUGUCGACCGAUUUCCGCCGAAUCCCUAAUGAUACCUUAGUCGACGAAAUGGGAGAACAUCUGCUGCAGGUCCUGCCGUACGUGCUCAUAGGGAAUGUCCGCAUCCACGCAGCCUUAGUGGAAAACGAUGGUCGUGUUACUGCGCAUUUCAUGAUUGAUGCCGACAAUGGGCGUAUACCGGAGAAGAAGUGGUUUCGUGGAAUGUGGACGCGGUAUGCGGCGGACUAUGACUCUUUGGAGAUUUACGAUGGGGGGAGUGAUCCUCUACGAAGGCGACUGUUGUUUUUUAAGGCGGCGCUGGAUGUGGAUGAGUUGAAUUUGGAAUAUGAUGUUCAUUAA